GCCAAGGGGUGCAGCUGCCACAGGCCCUGCAGUGGCACCUGACGAGGAGGAGGAUAGCCUGGAAACUGUCAUCCUCGAGGAGGAGGAGACUCUGCCUGCAGUGCCUGCCGAACUACAGCAGGAUGAGACAGAGGAGGCUGAGGCUGUAGAUGUCAUGCUGGAGAACGCCAGUAGCCAGGGACUGGGUGACGAAAGGACCGAUAAUGCCACUACUCUGGCGGAGGCUCGAGAGACCGGCCUGCCCUCUCAUCCUGGAUGGCUUUUCAGUGAAGAAACGCUGCAGCUUGCUGCAGCCCACGACAUUCGGUCGGCAGUGGUGGAUGGGAGAGAGGUUCUACUUCCCCGUCCCAAGCGACGUCCUGGAGUUGCAAGGCAGGCCAUGGGGAUGGCUGGCAAUCUGAGGACCGAGCAGCCUCCGUGUCCCCCGCUUGAUCUGGGUAUGACCAGUCCAGGCAAGGAUGAUGCUCUUCACCCCUUGCAGAGCGGUGCUGACAUGAGACGCUCACGCUGGCCUGGAUGGAAAUAUGCGCGAGCUGCCACCAACCCCAACGGCACAACACGACGCUGGCGCACGUCGCUUAUUGCCGUCAGUCUCCGACGCCCCUGGAGUUACAACUGGCGAAAGUUGUACAGGGAGAUGAACUGUACAUGGCAACUCCUUACCACCAGCACGGUGCAGGCUGCUUGGAGACUGACAUGCGGUUACCGCCUCGCGUUCAGCCGCCGUCACUGGCCGCAAAUUCAGGCUAAAUUGGCUGGCAUAACUGGCCAUCCCAAAUGUGAAGCCAUUCACCGUCUGAUUCGGGCCCACCAGAGGCUUGAGGAGCGACACCGCCCGGGGCAGCCUUCUGUCGUGCGAGCAUACAUGCUGGGAUCUGCCGGUCUGAGCACUGCCACCAUGACCUUGCACUCACGAUCAUGCCCCCUACUGUUCCCCGUGACAGGCGUCCAUUUCUAUUCGCCCCAUGGAAGGCCGACCGAUGCCCAGACCACUGCCGAGCACUACGUCUGUGCCAAACACUGGGUCCUGCACUCAGAUCACAUGCUCGACAAAGGAUGGGUAUGCUAUAGGCGAUCCAUGUUUGCUGCAAUGGGGUGUUCCAGUGACAACUGGACGAUAGGCUUGAGUCAUGACCUCUAUGUGGAACUCUUGAAGGCCCUGGAGGCCAUGCCUGCCCAGACGCAGCCACAGAUUGACGAAUACUACACGUCCGCAUCACUGCGAAGUGCUGGGCCCUUGACUGUGAUUUCAAUACACCGAUGCAGCAACAUGAACGAGCCGGACCCCGUGUUGCUAACUGGAAUAGCCGUCUCCCAUCUGAUGCAUCGUGAAUGGCGCAAAGGAGGGAAACACCUUCCACUCAGUGGAGCCAUACACCUUCGUCGCUUCGCUGCCCUCAAUCGGCCACCGCAACCUCCUAAGACUGGCUGGGACAAAUCCACGCUCCUGCACUUGGUGCGAGCACCAGACGAUCCCAGAGCCAAAGCCCUCAUACAGCAGGUGGCAUGCGACAUUGGCAGCUGCUCCAAUGUGCAGGACAUCAAUGAUUGCCUGGUGCAAGCCGCUAGCAUGCAUGCUCCUGUCGGAGCCCGAGCAAAUGCCAAUGCCCCGUGGCAGAUGGCCACUCUAGACACCAGUGUCAAGGACAUGUGGCAGCAUUAUCGUCAGUGGAAAGCCGCUGCCCGAGGUACAACUGCCACCAUUUGGAAGGUCUGGUUCCACUAUGCCAAGUUCCAAAAGGCACACAGAGCUUUUCGCUCAGCGGGCAGAAUUGCUAAACAGCAGUGGUACCAAGGGAAACUUGAUGAACUCAACAAACAUGCUCGCCGUCAUGAUGUCCGAGCCCUAUACCAGGGUGUGCGUACUCUUGCGCCGAAGUCACGUCGAGUGCAUGUUCAACUACGUGACGAGGAAGGUCAUAUCAUCACUCCAGCUGAGCAAGCAGCCCUCCUUCAACGUCAUUACGAGGCCGUGUACACAGGUCUACAGCCGCAGCCUCCUCGUUCUUCCCAGAUGCCAGCGCUGCAAGUUACUGAAGACCAACUGGGGCGUGCACUGUCUCUGAUGCCCACCCACAAGGCAGUACCACUCCACCUUGCCCCGCUGGCAGCCUGGAAACUCUGUGCACAGGUAGUUCUCCCCCGACUUACCGAGAUUGUCAAUAAUCUGGUUGUUACCCCGGAACUCUGGCACCCAGCAUGGUUAUCUUUGAUACCCAAGAUAUCCAAGCCCACGCUGCCGAAGCACCUGAGGCCGAUUGGACUCAGUGAGGUUUCCAAUCGAAUGGUCACCAAAGUCCUACAGGACCGUCUGCGUCCAUACGUAGAAAAAUACUUAGAGGACAUUCCCCAAUGGGCCUACAUACCUGGUAGGACCAUCUCCUUGAGUGGUACCGGAAUAUCAGAUAUGACUUUUCUAUUCAGGUUGCUAUACCGUUUAGCACUUGUCACGGAUGUUCGGUGGUGUCGCUAUUGUGGUCGAUUCUUCGCUACACACCGUUUGCGCAGGUCACAUGAAUCUCGUGCUCAUGACUCACAAACCCCACAGCCCCUGCCGGGUACCUAUGUGUUUAAUCGCUGGGAACAUAGUGUUGACGGCAUGCCCACAUGCAAACACUGUGGACACCACUUUCGCAAGUGGCACAACCUCCAGAAGCACAUCGUCAAGCGACAGUGCCGUGCCCUUGGUGUGUCUGUUCAGCCUGUACCUGCAGCCUUUGUCACAGGCGAGGUAAUCCGUGCCCCCUCUCACUCUGUCCAGGUCUGCUCUGCUUGUGUGGCCCCUGGCGCCUUGUUGCGGGUAUCCCUGCCGUUGUCAAUGGAGCCAAUGGAGCUCUCAGCACAGGAGAAGAACUUCUUUGGUGGAGUGUGCCCGUCCCUCCUCAACCCUGUAUCGAAACGGGAACGAGAGGAAGACUCCCCGGAAAUGAAGAAGGCACGACUCGAGGAAGCUGCCAGAUCAUGGCCAAGGCAGCAACCUCAAACGCCGAAAGGCAAGGGCAAAGGCAAAGGGAAGGGCAAGGGCAAGGGCAAAGGGGGACAGACCUCCUGGCGUACUUCAGGCCAUUGGAGCCAGACGGAGGAUCCUCACGAUCAUCGAUGGGGAGGCUCCUGGGGGCAAGACCUGACCUACCACGACCUACAGAGCACCGUACAGCGAUUGAGCCAGCUGACGCUGCGCCACGAAUAUGCCCUGGGCAACUUGCGACAAGACACCAGCAUGUUUUUGUUCGUCAAGCCGGGAGCCGAAGGCCUGAUUCCAAUCUUGUUCUCCGCGUCGGAGAAAUGGAUCCGGACUCAAGAAGAGAGCCCACAUCUCAUAGACUCGUCGCUACGGAUUGUAUUGAUGAAAGCCUUCCUCAUCGAGCUGUGCAAUCGACUGGCCAAUACUGCCAAGAGCGAAGAGAGCAUGCAAGCUGCCCGAGCCAUGGGGUGGUUGACGGAUGCUGGGGAGUGGAAAACUCUCAAGUGGGAUCCUGCCCUGGAGAAGCUUCAGGAAGUACCGGAUGCGGCUACCAAGACGACGGAGCGACUGAUCCUCGAGGCCAACGAACUUCGCAAAACCAUCAAUGCGGAGAAUCUCUAUCGAUUCCAGUCCGUUUAUGGACUUCGCAAGGAUCACCAGACACCUUGGGUCAAACUGGCGAUAGAAGU